UGAGAAAAUACUAAGAGGAGAAACCUACCUUCAUUGAAGGAGAAAAAAAUUGUUCUUUCGUGCAAGGACGGUAUCAAUGGCUGCAUCAAUCUCCACUGGAAACAAUUUCAUUGACAGUGAAUGGCCAAAACAAGUAGCAUCCUAAUGGAAGAAUUAUCAUCAGAACUGAAAUUUCGGAGAGUUUCCUUUGCGACUCAGCAUCGAUUACCUUCUUACUCUAGUGGGAGACUUGAGAAGAUGAAUCCUUAUGGAGGAGCUCUAGAGCACUGGAACAAGGAGAAACCAUCUUCUUCUUCAUGUAAUCAUUCUUUAGAGGUUCCAAAAAGCCCCUAUGAAGCCAUGGAAUUCUUAUCUCGUUCAUGGAGCCCAUCUGCCUCAGACUUCUUCCAGAUAUUCUCAACAGAUAGUCUAUCCUUACCUCUCCAUGAAAAUGACAACAUGGUAGAAGAGCAGAGACAUGAUGAGAUAGAAGAAAUGAGAAGAACAACAAAACCCUCAGCUCAAAGCAACAAAGAUAGAGUGGAAAGCAUAUGGAAAUGGCUUGCAGCUGGAAGGACCUUUUCGGUCCUUCAGAGGCAUACAUCACUGAAAAAAAUUUGGAUGAACAUACAAUACAUGAAGGGAUGGUUAAGGGGGCAUUCAUUAAGAAGCUUGGCCAAAGGCCGGCAUUGGCAUAAACAGGUGGAGGAAAUCAGACUAGAGACGGCUAAAAUCCAUGCAGCUCUUUCGGUUGCAGAAUUGGCGGCUGCGGUUGCUGGCUUUGCUACUAAGGGCGGUGGGUUUGAUCAAUUAGAGGAAAUAAAUGGAAUAAUGGGUAGUGAUGAUGGUGGUGGAUGUUGGAACCAGAGAAUGGGUGUUGUCUUUGCUUCUGCUGCAGCAUUGGUGGCAACGGUAUGUGCUGAGGCUGCUGAGUCUGCAGGCGCCCACAGAGCCCAUGUUGCGGCCGCUGUCAACUCCGGCCUAGCCAUUACAAGUUCUUCUGAUAUGAUCACCCUCACAGCCACUGCUGCAACAUGUCUAAGGGGAGCUGCAACGCUUAAAUCAAGACUAAAAGCUGAUACAUAUUUCUCAAAGGACCUGGAGAUGCUAGCCAAAGGCACUCAACUAUCGAUGUGCACGCCGUCGGGGGACAUAAAAUUGAGAAUGUUGUGCAUCUACCUCAAACACAACAGGCUUGUAUUGAGAUCAAGAAAAAAGUACCUUGGAGGAUUUCUAACUAGUUCCAAGGAGUAUAAGAUUAUCAAUGUGAUAAAGGAAACUAAGGAAGCUCAAGGUCUUCACCCUAUAAGACUUCUUACAAAUGUGGGUAAGAUUGUGUUGUUGUUUGAAGAUGAGAAGCAAUGUAAUAUCUGGAAAUCAACUAUCUCACACCUCUUACAAAAUCAAAGCUCAUAUUCUGCAAUCACAGAUGUUGCAACAAGAAGAGAUGCUUGAAGCCCUUCUCAUGGGAUUUCUUUUUCUUUUCUACUGUAACAAAAAUAAGCUGCAUGCAAUUGCUAGUUGCAUAGAUUGUGACAUGAUUGUAUAAUGUCUUUUCAUUAAUGGAACUCCUAAGGACCUA